AUGGGCUUAGGCACAAGGUCAUCCAUAUUAAUUCUUGCCGUUUUGCUUGUCUUGCUUCCAUCGCAAGUGUGCGCCUUCGGAGCUGGAAAUAUCGCAUCCAUCUCUACCAUCGAAGGCAAGAAUUGGCGCCAUGGAGACAUUGAGGAUACUAUCAAGACGCUCGCGUUCAUCAAGGGACACAAAUGGACAGGAAUAAUGAUUAAGCGUCUCUAUUUCGGAAAUUGGUUGCGAGAUUACUCGCAAGCUGUUGAUGUGGGAACAGUGUCGAAAAUACAAGCCGACACUAUACGGAUCUUGGUCUGGAUUCUCAGUUUCGGCGCUUUUGGCUAUGCGACUGGGGAAUUUGAGGUCACAGCUGAAAGGCUCUGUGUAUACAGACCGGAAGAACAUAUUGAUGAUCCACGGCUUCGGGGCCCAAUCCGACCCAUUGAGCUUGAAAUCGACCCCCAAACUGGUAUGAAAAAUUACAUAGCCAAUGAACGCGGCGAUUGGGCGACCAGUGCUGGGUACGUGAGAUACAGUGUUGCACGAAGUAUACACUUUGGACGACUCUACCUCGCGGGUGGACGUCAUGAAAAGGGCCGCGAGGAACAUUUGAGUGAGGCCUUAAGGUGUCUCGGCCAAGCGUGUCAUACUCUGGAAGAUUUUUCCGCCCAUAGUAAUUAUUGUGAAUUGGCGUUACGAGAAAUGAACUAUACCAAUGUCUUUCCUCACACGGGAGUGGGAACCCAGAUGAACAUCCAAGAAAAAUAUGUCUUCCCCGUUGUCACCGGCACAUUUGGCAUGACCGAUUUCUAUCACAGUUUGCUUGGGGAAGCUUCAGAUCAAUUUGCUCAGAGUGAAUCCCCGGAAUGGAGCGGGAUGAUUGAAGAAGCCGAAAGGUUGAAACGUAAGUCAGAGGCUCAGGCACAGUCAAAUCAACAGCGCGGCUUGGAUGGCUAUGGAGCAUCAAGGGGCCAAUUUGAUCACCAAGGGAUUGAACCCUAUAACCAACCUACUGGAUAUGGCCAAUCACAAGCUACCCAAGAGAUUAAUCCACAGGAAACAAUUUUCCAAAUAUAUCCGAUUCUAGAAUUUAGAGAUAGGGUGGUCAAAAAUCUAUCCUCCGCUGUCGAGAAAAUCCCUGGGCUUUCCUCUUUGAUGGAUAAAAUCAGCGAAACCCUCUCGAUAUUCAUUUUCUCCCUCUUGGCUCCAUUUAUCAGGCCAGUGAUAAACAUUGCAUCGGCAAAACUACAGCUUGGUUCGUCUGAACUGACAGCGGCAGAAGCCCGCACUCAAUACGAGCCCUGGACAAAUCCGAACUGCACUGACCCCACCCACUCUUUUCUCUCCAAGGACCAUUUCAGCAAUAUCCUCAACGAUCCCGCUGGGCGAGUUGCUUCUGCGGUUGUGAAAUUCGUCGUUCCUCGUGUUUUAUAUGCAUUCCAACAUGUCGAUGUCCCGGUUGAUCGGGUGUUGAAUGACUGCGUCUCUGUUUUCCAUCAUCCAGCAUUUCGACGGUUCGACAACGAAGCGCACCGUAAUAUGUUUGCAGAAGUUGAACGUUGGGCUCACUCGCAGUCGAGCAAGGGAAUUAACUUGAACAACGUUCUAAGCGCUGAAAGUGUUAAGGCUGGAAAGAAUCACACUGGAGGCAACCCCCAUGCUCACGGCACCGGUAACGCACAUGCUGCUCCUAGCCAUAAUCAGACAUAUGGACAUUCUAAUUCCCCAAGCCACAACCAUAGCCAGCCUGGGCACGGCCACAGCAACUACGGCGGCCACAAUCAGUUCCAGUCUCAUUCACACGGUCAUGGUGGCGGUAAUUCUCACGGUGGUUUUCCUAACAUUCCCAAUCUCCCGAAUCUCCCGAAUCUUAACCAAAUCCCUGGAAUGUCUUUCUUGGGAGGCUCUGGUGGUGGCUCUGGUGGUGGCUCCCAGCAUCACCAUCAGCAGCAGCAUCAGCAGCAAUCCCACACAUUGUCCUCCUCCUCGAUCCCCUGGGAUCAGCUCUCUCAUUUGCCAAUCCCAGGAGUUUCUAAACUCAACAAACUCAAUAAAUUAACCGGUUUCCUGUCUGGUGGUGGUGGAUCGAAGCGUGAAGUACCAGACGAGGCAGGGAACGGCAAUCCUCAGAGCAGGGGUGCCACUCCAGCGGAAUCCGGAUCUGGUUAUGUUGACCCAUCUCAACCGUUUCCGCCAUACCAAGAGCAGCCGAGCGCCUAUCAACAACAACAACAACAACAACAACAACAACAAACACCAUACGAUGAUCCUGGAUAUACCAUGCCCCCACCAGCUGGUUAUGAAAUCUAUAAUCAACAUAUAAGCUCUAGCGAAUACCAGCCUCCUACGCAAGGCGCACAUACUUACGACUAUUAUCAAUCCCCACCGGGCAGAUUUGGCGGUGCAGGACAAUUCUAA